ACCUCAAACUCAACUCCAACCCCACCUUCUUCCUAUUGCAAUUUCUUCUCCCCGCUCUUGCCUUACGAAUCAAAAGUAUAGUUUUAUAUCCCCAGCAGCUGCUGCUUCUUUUUAAACUCCCAUUUCUCAUUUUUGCCCAAUAUUUUAUGUCGAAAAUGUCUUAGGCCUAACCUGUUAUUGCUCUCCAAAUCUGGCAGAAAUAAUACACCAAGUAUCUAAAAUUCAAGGUAUAGUUUGAAGGAAUGAUGGGAUUAAGACCAAUUCUAGUUUCAAAGUAUAACCCACCAUACUGCUCACAAACCUUAAUCACCAGCUACAGAAAACCCACUGGGCUGAAACACUGCAAGGAAAUGCCUGCAAAAAAGCUUAUCCACUCAAACAUGAACAGAAGGGUGGGAGUCAUACUCAUAGCAACAAUGGCUUCUUCUUUACUAUUGAAGAGGGAAGAGAAUAGUGCGUGUGGACUUGAACUUGACCUAAGAAUGGUGGCACCAGACCAGACUGUUGAAGAAGCAGAAAAUGGGAUUCAAAAUCAUGCAAAAGCUUUACUGAAAGUCAAAGAUUUAAUUGAAUCCAAGGCAUGGCGUGAAGCUCAGAAGGAGUUAAGGAGGAGUUCUUCAUUGUUGAAGCAGGAUAUUUAUACUAUCAUUCAAGGGAAACCUGGAAAUCAAAGGCCUCAACUUAGGAAGCUUUAUUCUAAUCUUUUCAACAGUGUUACCAAAUUGGAUUAUGCAGCAAGGGAUGAAGAUGAAUCCCAGGUUUUGCAGUGCUAUGAUAAGAUUGUUUUUGCUCUCAACGAUAUUUUGUCAAAACUAUGACUGGACUUUUGUAGUUUUUCUUUUUACUUGUUCUUUGUGCUAUUGAAGCCAAUUCCCAGUUAGCUAGGGGAUUCCUUUUUUUUUUUUUUCUUUC